ACCAUUUUUUACCUGCUCCAAGACCACCCAUUUGACUGAAGUGGGCGGCAAGAAGAAAAACGGAAAAACAGAUAAAGAAAUGAGUGGUUAUCCGGUUCCCGGAGCCGAGGCGGUUCACCAUAGACUCUACGAGUUCGCUAAAACCGCCCUCAUCAAGAUCUUUGUCCACCCAUAUGCCACCGUCUGCGACUUGUAUUGCGGCGGUGGAGCUGACGCUGAGAAAUGGGAUGGACCUCAAAUCGGCCAUUAUGUUGGAAUAGAAUGGAUGUUAAUUGCAGAUGUUGUGUCAUCUGGGAUAAAUGAAGUGAGGGAAGCAUGGGAGAGUCAGCGGAAAAACUUCACUUCUGAAUUCUUUGAGGCUGAUCCUUGCGCUGACAAUUUGGAAACCCUGUUGCAAGAGAAGGACAUUCAGGCUGAUCUUGUCUGUUGCUUGCAGCAUUUGCAGUUGGGAUUUGAAACUGAAGAGAAAGCAAGGAGACUUCUCAGUAAUGUGUCAUUUUUGUUGAAACCAGGGGGUUAUUUUUUUGGUAUCACUCCUGACUCAUCUACCAUAUGGGCAAAGUACCAGAAGAAUGUUGAAGCGUACCACAACAGGAGUAGCAGUAUGAAGCCCAAUAUCGUUCCCAAUUGCAUUCGGUCUGAGAGUUACACAAUCACCUUUGAAAUUGAGGAAGAAAAGUUUCCAUUGUUUGGAAAGAAAUACCAGCUGAAAUUUUCGAGUGAUGUCUCUGCUGAGACCCAUUGCUUGGUUCAUUUUCCAAGCUUAAUCAGGUUGGCCCGAGAAGCUGGUCUUGAAUAUGUGGAGAUUCAGAACUUAACCGAAUUUUACGAUGAUAACAAAUCACUGCUUUCAGGCAUGAUGCUGAAUGCUGGCCCAAAUCUUCUGGAUCCACGGGGGAGACUUCUUCCUCGAUCUUAUGAUGUUUUAGGUCUCUACACAACAUUUAUAUUUCAAAAACCUGACCCAGAUCUUGUCCCCCCAGUUGCAACCCCGCUAUUGCCAGAUGGUAGUUACGACCACGACGAGAGCCAGUGGGAAGGGGUUGGAUGGGUAGAAGAGGAGAAGAAUGGACAAGCGGAGCAGCCGCCUCCACCACCACCAUCAGUUCCAGCUCUGGCUCCACCACCUCCGCCACAUGGACUAGGGAAGAUAAGUGAGCAGAAGGGGAUCCUGGGUCCUGGCCCGGCGGAAUUGCGAUUCUCUGAAGCACUUUGACUUGGGAAGUAGCAAAGAAAAGGUGGGAACUAAGUAGGGGCUUUGACUGGUAAUGGAAAGUAUGAAAUAAUGGCUGUAUACUGCACGCAUAGGUUCACUUGAAUGAAGUUGUCAAAUAGGCCUUGUGCUUCUAGUUUUCUCCACUGCAACGUUUAUACAGGGUCAUUAUGUUUUUUACUUUCCACCAUUCAGUUUUAUAUUU